ACGAACGCGGUGUUUGUGAAGUUUAAAAUCUCAGGAGCGUCGCGACGCGUCUAGUUCUCGAUUUCUUGAGACGCCGACUGCACCAGAUCCAUCUCUAAUAAAUAUACACGUAUCUGUUAUAAACGCCGAAAUAAAAUCUUAACAAAAUGGUGUACGAAUCCGAUUUCUAUACGACUCGAAGGCCCUAUAGGACAUCUCCAUCAUUGUCUACUUACACUGUGUCGACUUAUCUGCCUUCGAGACAAGUAAGAAUACUACCAGGACUUGGAAAGGUGCAUGUAGUACAUACGUAUGACAGAAUUGUGCCCUAUGUAGGCCACAAGAGGUUGACGGUGGUAUCAACCCCACCAUUAACGUUCAGAGUACGACCCUCUGUCAUUUAUAGAGAACUCGAUCGCAUUGCGAACAAAGUACGACCCUGGACUUCUAUAUCGCCAACUAGCCAUUAUCUGAAUUCAGAGUCGGCAGUGAAACUUAUUUACAUAAGAAACCCAUAUACUGGAAUUGACAGGGUAACUCUCCACCGCCCAACUAUUAUACGUUAUCGUUACUAUCCUAGCUACAAUUACAGCAGCUAUUACUAUCCUCUUUCUUAUUCGAGAUAUUUCUCGCCUUAUCUAAAUUACUGGUAUUACUCCCCGACAUAUUUCCCCAGGUGGUACUACCCUAAAUGUUUACUCGAUGAUUAUGUGCCUUCGAGGAUUACCUAUUCGCCGAGUAUUUAUACAGGAGUAAACACGUAUUCUGUUGUAUCACCAAGUUAUAUACGCCGAUAUCCGUUGUAUUAUCCAUAUUAUUAUUCAAGUUACUUUUCGACAUUUUUCCCAAAAUGGUACUAUCCAAGAUAUUUACUUGAUGACGAUUUAUUUGACGAUGAAACAAGAUACAUUCGGGCGCAGGCGGCGUCCGUAUUAAGGAGAAUUCAUAGCCCUGUUCCGCGAACUCCUAGGGCUCUUUUACCACCAGUCACAUACGUCACAAGGUAUACAGAGCCAACUUAUUAUUCACCCUCCAGAGCUUUAACAUCCGACUAUUACAUCCACAGGAUGUUGACAACAUCCCCCUAUAACGCCAAAACACAAUACACAACCUACUACACCGAACCUGUUAGGAAGUAUAUCGGUCCGGGCUUCUUGUCUUGCAUUAGAUAUGCUGGAGACCGUGCUUACAAACGACGUCCUAACUUAGACUAUUUGUAUGAAGAUCCAGUCAAAAACGACAUUCAACUGCUGAGCUACUACAUCAAAAAGUUCAAAAGCGAAAAGGCUCAAAGAGGAGAAGAAGAUAAAGCGCCCUUGAACCCUAACCGUCCUUCCAGGAUAUUUUCCGGUUCCAAGAGAUCGUCAGAGCAACAAAAAGAACUCGACAAACUACGUGCAGAGCGUGCUGAGCGAAUCUCCAAAAUUCGAGAAAUCGAUGACACGUCUGUUGAAGACAAAGCUUCCAAAUUACGCAAAGAACAAGAAGAAAUCAGGUUAGCUGAAGAAAAAGCACUUGCCGAAGAGCAAGCGAGAGAAGCUGCCCAAAGGAAAAGGGAAGAAGAAGAAUCAAGAAGAGAAGCCGAUGCAGCGAAAGAAGCCGAAUUAGCUGCCGAAAAGCAGAAGAAGUCUAAAGAGGAAAAGAAACGAAAGGCUGAAGAGGAAGAACGUAAACGAAGAGAAGCAGAAGAAGAGAAAGCCCGCAUUGAAGAAGAACGACGACAAGCGGAAGCUAAAGCCGAAGAAGAACGACAACAUUUGCUGAGAUUGGAAGAAAUUGCUAAACAAGCUGAAGAAGAACGGGAAAGGGAACUUGCACGCCAAGCUGAAGAAUUGGCUGAAUUGGCCAGGCAGGAAGCCGAACUUGCGGAAUUAGCAAAACAAGAAGCAGAACUUGCCGAGCUCGCACGACAAGAGGCUGAGUUAGCUGAACUAGCCAAGCAGGAAGCUGAAUUAGCGGAACUUGCCAAACAAGAAGCCGAAUUAGCCGAACAGGAAGAAAGGGCGCAUAAAGAAGCCGAAGCAGCUGAAGAAGAGAAAAGACGGCUAGCAGAAGCCGAAGAAGCUGCAAAACGAGAAGAAGAAGAAAGAAUUGCCGAAGAAUUGGCCAGACAAGAAGCAGAACUUGCAGAACUUGAAAAGCAAGAACAGGAACUAGCCGAACUUGCUCGUCAAGAAGCUGAACUCGCCGAAAAAAUAAAAGAAGAGGCAGAGAUGGCAAAGACAGAAGCUGAUAUUGCCGAUCUGGAGGCACAAGAAGCUGCCAAGCAAGCCGAAUUGGAAAGACAAUUGGCCGAGUUGGAGAAGUUGGAAGCUGAAGCGAAACAGCUGGAGGAGGAUUUACCACCAGCUAGGGAUGACGCGGAACAGGAGGUUGAGGCUGCGGAUGAACCAGUUGCCGAAGCUGAUGAUCCACCAGCAAACGACUAUCCUGCUGACGAAAGGUCACAGACUCCGGUGGAAGUCGAAGAUUUGGAAGCGGACAAUGCACCGGAAGAAACCGUCGAAGAAGAAUACGCAUAGUUUAAGUUCCAUUGUUGUUUUUGUUUAAAUGACUUGAUAGGAGGUAUCGGAAAAAUCGGAAUAGAACAGGAGUACCAACUCAA